CUUCCUACGUGCAUUUGUCAGUUGUCAAACAAAAUUGAUUCCAAUUUUCAUUAUUCUGCGUUUUAGAAUCGUUUAGUUACGUUGUUGUCGAAUUGCUGAAAGCUUCUUAGAGAAUCAUGCUUAUAUUAUAAAAUAUUAAUUUUUGUACAUUUUGUUUAUAAAUAAGAGCAUUUUCUAACAUACCCGUUGUACAAAGUGAGUAUCAUUUAGGCUUUAAUUACAGUUCAAAGAUUACUGUGUACGAUAAUGCGGGACGAUCGGGAAAAUUCCACAUCACCUGUUGCGAGAAAAAGCAGAAGUACGUCUAGGAGCAGCAAUGAAAGUAUAAAAAGUGCUGUAAGUCGUUCCAGUUAUUCCAAAUCGCGUUCAAGGUCUAGAUCCAGAAGUAGCGAAGCCGAUGGUUAUAGAUUGCAUAUUGCCGAUAUUGGAGAAGACGUUCGAAAAUCAGAUUUAGAGAAAGUUUUUAGUCCGUAUGGGACUCUAAAAGAAGUCUGGAUGACAAAUAGUACUCCGUGCUUUGGUUUUGCUGUUUUUAAAGACAGGAAAAGCGCCAGUGCAGCGCUCAGAGCUACCGAUGGAAUUGAAGUUGCAGGAUGUCGCAUUCGAGUAACACAUGCUCGACCAAGGACAAGAGGUUCUGGCAGAAGAUUCUUCAACACCAACAUGAGGUGUUACCAGUGUGGAUAUUCUGGACAUUUUUAUAGAGAUUGUCCUGAUAUGAAUGGCGGAGGACCUGUAGAUAAGAGGGAUUCACAGCACAUGGUAUUUAAUUGUAUGGUUUGGUUAUGCAAAUUAUAUGGACUUGUAGAUGAUGGGGUCCAUGUAAAAUGUCAAUGGGUUUGGAUACAUAAAUUUAUGGCCAUGUUACUUGGUGCCAUUGGUUAGACCAGGCUCAUGUUAGCUGCAUCUUUUUAGUUACGACCGUGAACGUGGCAGAAGGGGCCGUAGAGAACGCAGGGAUCGGGAUGAUUACCGUCAUGAUGGUAGGAGGAGCCAGCGCCGAUCGUCUAGGAGGUACGAAGAUUACCGCCCCUCAAGGAGCAGCAGGAAGCAUCGGUACUGACCAGGCACAGUUAGAUUAUGGUAAAAGAGGGGAUACUAACCGAAAAGCAAAAUAUUGGUUACAGAAUCGGAUGUCAAAAUUGCUGAUUUAAGUUGUGGACAUGAAAAAGGGUUUUUAGGUAAAUACUUAAUUGUUCAAAACAGAUUUUUUCCUUAUUUCAGUCAGGAUUGUUUCCAUUUCGAUGGAAAUUUCCUCAACAGUGAAGUUUUCAUUAUUAACUGAUGGAUAAUUUCCAAGAGAAAUUAUGUUAUCGAUAUCAAUUCCAGAUGCCAUUAACCUGUAUGGAAGUACAACAAUUCACACUAUCAUGAUUUAAACAUAUUCUCUUGAAAAAACUCCAUAAGUAAUUGAAAUAUUCGUUAACUGCCAGAAUAAAUUAUUUGGUUCUUUUACUCUGAAAGAUGUGGUGAGAACAUUUUUGGUAGUAUACUGUUCAUGAAUUGGUUAUAUCAAAUUGAAUUGCCUUAGAAUUACAAUUUUUUUAUGUGACUGACAAUAGGUAGAUAUUUUUAAUUUUAGUUGAAUCACCAUUUAGUUUCUUACUACUAACUUAUUGAGUCAAAAUUUUUUCAUUCUUCUGAAACUUUGUAUUUCUGCCACAAAAAAAAUGUUUUUGGGUUACCUUGUAAAAAUUUUUCUGUGCAAGUUGUAUAUUUUCGGUCCGGAUGUUUCUUUUCUGUAGUGUCUGAAAUGAAACUUUGACCAAAUAUUACUGAGAGGCAGAACAAAAAUUAUAAAUAUUAGUUUUUUUUUUGUUAAUUGUAUAGUGUUCUUGCCAUUCUGCUAUAUCCGUGCAUCCAAUACUAUGAAAAUAUAGAAUUAUUUUUCAUCAUUGUGUCCCCUGCAAUUUUAUCAAUAAUUCUUGAUAUAAGAAGUUUUUCAAAGCCACGUCUUUAAUAUUUCAACUUAGAUUUUAUGGUUAAUUCCAAAUACAUUGUAUUCUCAAUAAUUUGAAGAGUUGUAUUAGUGUGUGUAGAUUCGUAUUUAAUAUAGGUGUAUUUUCAUAAUGAAUUUGCACUACUAAAUAAAUUUUUGGCGUUAUGUUCA